GUAAACUGUAAUGACCAUCAAGUAAUUUGCGCAUGAGACAAGGAGAAUUCCCGGAGAUCGCAAAAUUGAAAAUUCACGGCACGGUCGCACGUGCCAGCGCCAGCGAAAAAUUUCUCGUCUUCUUCUCCCACACUGUGACCCUUUUCCUUGUCAGACACUCCCCGACUCCAUUACUAAAACUCAAAACUCUCAAGCUCAAUCGAAGGAGUUGCCGUAAUUGUGACGCUGCGUAGAAUAAGGUCAGAGAACCACAAUUCACCAAGAAAAAAAUGGCGCCAUCCUCUCCGCCGCCGCCGCCGUCGCCGUCUACCUCCACCAGUUCAUCGCCUCUGAAAGGGGAAGGGAGGAAGAAAGAAGGGCUAGGGUGGAUAGAGUGGAUCAGAGGAUGGUUGUACGUGAUACACGAGAUGCUGUUCCAGAGAAUCUUGGCCAGUCACUUGCAGAAUCCUCUCCCUUUGCCUCCCGUCAACGACCUCACCUGCAUCGUCACCGGAUCCACCAGCGGCAUCGGCCGUGAAAUAGCCAGGCAGCUAGCGGAGGCAGGGGCUCAUGUUGUUAUGGCCGUCAGAAACGUGAGGGCGGGUAGCGAGUUGAUCCAGAAGUGGCAGACUGAAUGGGCUGGGAAAGGCCUUCCACUCAACAUUGAGGUGAUGGAACUUGAUCUUCUCUCAUUGGAAUCAGUUGUGAGGUUUGCUGAAGCUUGGAAUGCUACUUCACGGCCUCUGAACGUCCUUAUCAACAAUGCUGGCAUUUUUGCCAUAGGAGAGCCUCAAAAAUUUUCAAGAGAUGGGUACGAAGAGCACAUGCAAGUGAAUCAUCUUGCUCCAGCAUUACUGUCAAUACUACUUUUGCCAUCCCUAAUCAGAGGCUCUCCUAGUAGGAUUGUUAAUGUCAAUUCAGUGAUGCACUAUGUUGGCUAUGUUGACACAGAAGACUUGAAUGUUACAUCUGGGAAGAGGAAAUAUUCAAGUGUCGUGGGAUACACUAGCAGCAAGUUAGCACAGGUCAUGUUCAGCAAUGUCCUCCACAAGCGCCUGCCUGGUGAAGCUGGAAUUAGCGUAGUGUGUGUCGAUCCGGGAAUUGUCCAUACAAAUGUUGCAAGGGACCUUCCAAAAGUUGUGCAGGCUGGAUAUAAUCUGAUACCUUAUUUCAUCUUCACUCCUGAGGAAGGUGCCCGUAGUGCGCUUUUCGCAGCUACCGAUCCCCAGAUGUCGGAGUACUGUGAAGUGUUGAAAACGGACGACCAUCCGGCUUGUGCUUUCAUCUCCCAAGACUGUCGGCCGGCGAGCCCUUCUGAAGAAGCGCACAGAACUGAGCAAUCGCAUAAACUAUGGGAAAAGACACUGGAGCUGGUUGGUCUUCCACUAGACGCUGUGGAGAAGCUGCUCCAAGGGGAAGAAGUGGCGUGCCUCCGAUACGCAAACCACGAAAACGAAUAGUCGCACAUUUUUCUCUGUCGUCAGUUUUUAUGAAGUCAGGCGGGGAUUCUGUCGAACAUAGCACUCUUAGACACUAUUGCUACAAUAGAGCUUUCUGUUGCGAACUACCAUUUUCUUUCUUUUGAAAGGACCAAUGUCUUGUAGCAUAGAACGCAUGAUGGACUCGUAACCUCCAACUAAAUAUUACUUCGAGCUUGGUGGAAAUUUUCGGUAUAGCAUAAGGUUGAUCUGGUCGGAAAUUUUUAGUUAACAAAGAAACUGCUGUCCGAAGUAACGGUUCUCAAGCCUGCUAUAUAUGCAAAUAUCGACGGACUUUGGUUUCUUUGUUCGAGCUAGCAUGUAAAGAUCAAUCUGUUUGGUGUAGUAAUGGUGCAAAAUAGAUCAGAGAUAUGUUGAAUUGUUCUCUUUUUGAUUCAUGCUUUCAUAAUACAACACAACUACACCAGCAGGUAAUGACCAUUGCAGUAACAACAAGAGCAGCAUUAGUAGUAGCAGCAAAGGAAAGCAAGCUUCCCACACUGAAAACUAAAACCACUCAGUUUGAUACCUUAAAAUGAUCGAUCUGAACGUUCUCGACCUCCUGCUUCUUGAAAUCGCUGCGGUUUCUGCUGGUGAAGAACUUCCCCCAGUUGAACUCCUUGUAUUUGGGAGGGUUUUCAUCAUUCACUAGCUCUUCCAGAGGCUUGAUCUGGGCAUGGUGGGAAGGGAAGAAGAAGAAGGGUAUCGAAAACCUUUCCCUUUUCGAGUUCACCACCACUCUGUGCUCUGCACUCCAGUACUUGUCAUUGCUCCACACCUGCAUACAGUUGCCAAUGUUGAUAAUGAAGGCGUCAGGAACAGGCCUGACAGGGAUCCAUUCUCCGUCGUCUCUCCUCGCGAUUUCCAGCCCUCCCACAUCAUCUUGAGCCAGCACAGUCAAUGCUCCGCCAUCCUUGUGCCUUCCAACGCCGAGAGCUAGCUCGGGGGACGGGCAAGGAGGGUAGUGAUUGAACCUGGAGAAGCUGAUCUGGUCCUUGAAAUAGGUACCCAGUUUCUCAGCAGGCAAACCCAUGCUCAGGGAAAUGAAUUCCAGCAACUUGUACGCUAGCUUUUCAACUUCUCUGUUGUAUUCCUCACAGACUUCCCUGAAAUCAGCAGGUGUCUGCGGCCAUUGAUUAGUCAACGUCCUGAGCUCUGGAUCCUCAGGAACUUCGGUGGCGGGAACGAAACUCGGAUCGACCACCAGGAAAUCGAAAACUUCCUUCCAAUCACGAACGUUCUUGGUGUGCUCGCUGUCGUAGUAACCCAUGGGGUAGACUUCAUCCCGCUUCACUCGCUUCUUCUCCUCCAUGGGCAGGUCGAAGAAUUGUUUACCGACCCUCUUCAUUUUGUCGAGCAGCUCCAGCGGGACUCCAUGGUUGACCACCUGGAAGAACCCCCACUUCUCGCAGGCGUCGCCGAUCUGGGUGACCAGGGAUUCUGUGUCGGAAGAGAGAUCGAUUACUGGGAUUUGAUCCGAGGCGCCAUGGUUUUCUUCUUGUGGUGGUGAUUUGGAGCUUGGCCUGUGCUCUGUUUCUUGGAUGAAUGAUGGGUCGAUUUCCACCAUGGUUUGGGAAGUUGGUGGUAAGAAAGCAGUGGGAGUUCGAGUUUGCUAAGCUUGGGAAUGGUUAGAGAGAAUCUUUCUUCCUUUCUUUCUUUCCUUUCUUCUUGGUGCCAAAAGAUGGUUAUGAUUGCAGGGAUGAAGGGGUUCGUUUUCUUGUUGGAUUAAGCAGGGGUAGGUGAUGAAAGCUCUUGACUUGAUGUUUGAU